AAAAGAGAGGAGCCUUACAAUUUUUCGCCCUCUUUCCGCGUAGCGAUCGCGUUGUCUUCGAUUGAGUGAGGGAUUUUCUUUCCCCUCCUGAAGAAACAGCGUUUCGCCCCCGUCUUUUAUCGUCUUCAACCUCAACCCUCCAUCGAAAACCCUUUCUCCGAGUCAGAGAUCGGGUGUUUACACUGUUUGUAUUUUCUCCCCUGUUCUUGUUUAGGUUUGUUUUUCCUAUUAAGUUUUCUUUCGCCAUAUUUUCCGUCCGAGGAAGACGGAAGUUCUAGGUUUCAGUUCAGCUUUUCUGCAGAAUUUCAAUUUUGUAAUUUCUUUUGAAGGGGUUGAGUCAAAUUUUGAACUGAAUUUUGACUUCUUAAGUUUGAAUAUUUAUCAAGUGUGUUUGCGGUUUCGUCUGUGUUACUAUGGCGGCUGGGCGACAUGGAGGUUACCGUGAGAACGAGUUCAGGGACCGGGAGACUAAUUUUCAUGUGUCGAGGAGGUCGUUUGGGAGUGCUAGGCAAGAGUUUGAAAGAGUUAAGAUAAGCAAUGGUGAUCAUGGUGUUCGGCGGAGUCUAGCGCGGGACGUCAAAGACAAGUUUAGGGUUAGCCAUGAAGAUAUGAAGGAGAACGCGGUUGUGAAUGGUCAUUAUCAUUCGUCUUCUACCAGGAGCAAUUCAAGUAAUAGUGAUGGCGUUAGUCGUAGUGAUUGUUGCCUGAUUGAAAAUAGGGUUGGAAGUAUCAUCGACAGGGAACCGGGUGAGUUAUCCAGUGGGAGUGGAUCUGAUGAUGCAAUUGAAUCUGGCUUUGGGGUCAGAGAUAGAGAGGUUUCGAAAGUAAUAAACAACGGGAAACUAUCUUCCAUGGAGAAGAAAAGAAAAUUUUCGCCUAUAGUUUGGGAUAGGGACGACAACAAAUUGAGCCAUCCAUCCCGUAAUGGUACUGUCACAACGGUGAUGGGUCUUCCCCGGCCCCAGAAGUUGACUCGCCAGUCUCCUAAUAUCAUCUCAGACCGAGGUGAACAUACAUCUUCAGUCAGGAAUAGUGAUAACGAUAAUGUUGCAUCUUCUUUAGCCUCUGGACUUGAAAUGUCCGAGUCAUUAGCCUCUCCUGUUUUGCCAAAGCAUUUACACCAUAAUGUAGAAGUAGAAUUGUUAGAUAAUGAAGAUAAUGGCCCAGCAAGGAAUAUCUCAUUUUCACGAUGGGCAGGUGGAAAUACCUCGCCAGCUAAUGAAGGCGAGAUUUUAGAUGAGAAAGAAAUACUAAGAGAACAGAAGAUCCCAAUUACUGAAAUUUGGGAAACUGAGCUACAUCGCGAGACCCCGGGUGAAUCAUUUUCCGAGGCUGGGGACUGCGAAAGCAAUGGUUUCAAGACAAAAGGAACUAGAGAGAGGUCGUCUGAAUCUAAUGAACAAGGUACCCACGGUAGAUUUUUGAGAGUGAAUGAGAAUUCCGAUAGUGGUGUGGAAAAGGGUGGCAGCAUGGAGGUUGAUGAAAGACAUAAUAUUAGUGAUGUUAGUUGUAGUCCAUCGGAUACUGAAUCUGAUGAUGAUAAUGAUAUUUGCUCCCCGCAGGAGCCUCCAACAACCACUCAACGAAGUGUAAACAUGCUUCAGGGAUGUAGAAGUGUUGAUGAGUUUGAGAGACUAAACAAGAUCGACGAAGGCACCUAUGGCAUUGUGUAUAGAGCUAGAGACAAGAAGACUGGGGAAAUUGUGGCCUUGAAGAAGGUAAAAAUGGAGAAGGAGAGGGAAGGGUUUCCGCUGACUGCUUUGAGAGAAAUAAAUAUUCUUCUUUCAUUCCAUCACCCAUCCAUUGUUGAUGUGAAGGAAGUUGUCGUGGGGAAUAGUCUUGAUAGCAUCUUUAUGGCCAUGGAAUACAUGGAACACGAUCUUAAAGGACUUAUGGAGACCAUGAAACAUCCUUUUACUCAGAGUGAAGUAAAAUGCCUAAUGAUUCAGCUAUUGGAGGGUGUUAGGUAUCUCCACAGUAACUGGGUGCUUCAUAGAGAUUUGAAGACGUCUAAUUUGCUCUUGAACAACCAGGGUGAACUGAAGAUUUGCGACUUUGGAUUGGCUCGUCAGUACGGAAGCCCUUUGAAGCCAUAUACACAUUUAGUUGUUACACUUUGGUACAGGGCACCUGAACUACUGUUGGGAACAAGACAGUAUUCAACCGCCAUUGAUAUGUGGUCAUUGGGUUGUAUCAUGGCCGAACUUUUAUCCAAGGAACCUCUUUUUAAUGGGAAAACUGAAGUUGAGCAACUAGAUAAGAUUUUUAGAACUCUAGGCACUCCAAAUGAGACUAUUUGGCCUGGAUACUCCAAGCUACCUGGUGUUAGAGUCAACUUUGUCAAGCAGCAGUUCAAUCAGCUUCGUAAGAAAUUCCCUGCCACAUCAUUUACUGGAUCUCCAGUCCUAUCUGAAUCUGGGUUCGAUCUGUUGAGCAAACUUCUAGCGUAUGAUCCUCAAAAGAGAAUAUCAGCUGAAGAAGCUCUUGAUCAUGAGUGGUUCCGUGAAGUGCCUCUCCCAAAGUCCAAGGAGUUUAUGCCUACCUUCCCUGCACAGCAUGCUCAAGACAGGAGAAUGCGAAGAAUAUUAAGAAGUCCAGACCCCCUUGAAGAGCAACGUAUAAAGGAAUUGCAGCAGCAGGAGUUAGGAACUACUGGCCUCUUUGGUGAGAGAUGAGCUGUCAAGUUAUGGCUGAGGCUCUGUCUACCAUUUAUUAUUUAGAAUUGGUUUUUAUGAAAUUGGUGUGGGAGAGAGUUGAAUUGAAUAAGUGGAAUAUAGCACUGCUUUUCACCAGAUAAUUGGUGCUGGUUGGUCUUGGACCAUGUCCUGGUAGUUAGUGAAAAUAUGUAUAUUGUGCUCUCAGGUGAACUUUGUUUUCAAGGCAUCUGAAAAUGAAUGCAUGUGUAGCACUUACGUCAUUAGUUUUUAGCAAUAGAUGCUUUUGCUGUAAAAUAUUCAUGUAGAAAAUGGAAAAUCAUUGAAUUUGAAUUUGGCUUCAA